AUGUCGGUUGUGGGACAACGUAAUUCGUCCAAAUCGAAUACCUCUAGAAUAUCAUUUCUUCACAGUAAACUUAAGCCAUCAUUAUCUACUAUAAAGUCUAACGAGUCGUUCGAAAGUUCCGUAAAACACAAAUUUGGAUUGACAUAUGCUGAAGUUUGCGGCAAGUACAAGAUGCGCCCAGUGCCGUGGGUGAAAUGCAAUGGUAAAACAAACUCUAUUGAAAUAUUAGGUGAUCGUAUGAAGGCUGACGAAUGGCUAGCCGCAAUGGAAGCGUUAAGCACUGAUACUAGUACCCAUCAUAUACGCUUAAAAAAUAAACGUUACACGGAACAUUCGACGAAAAAUUAUGAUACAUUGAGUAGUGCUAUUGAAGCUCCUAAAAACAUUCUUGCUGUGACGACAUUAUACGUGGUACGCCUAAUCGCAACUUCCAUCCACGAAGUAUUGAUCAACACGACCGCACUUGUUUGCCUUGAACUGGAAAACGUGCUUUUCGACGAACAAGCUUUAAGAAUACUUAUAACUGGUAUCGACACCAACCAAACGCUCCAGCACUUGUCCCUGGCUUAUAGCCGCAUCGGGAACACCGCCUGCCUAACGUUAUGCCGGACACUCAGGAACAAACCGAAUAUUCGGUCUGUGGAUCUUUCCGGAUGUUGCUUAACCCGUGAAUCGGCAACCUCCGGUCUGUUAGACAUUAUAAAAAAACAGCAGGUUAAACGGCAUGAAGAAUGUUGGGCGCACUCGCUUAGGGACAGAACUGCCAAUCCAGAUAUCAUGCACGGGCUACGAAGGUUGACGCUCAACGACAACACCGCAAUCGGCGACGCGGGAGUUGCCGACUUAUUCGAAUCAUUAAAGGACGACUAUUACAUGAAAGCUGUGGACCUGCAAAACUGCGGGCUCACCGAUCGUGGUGCUCAGUUGGCGCUAUCUACAUUGAUGAUCAAUGACACACUAGUUGUGUUAGAUGUGAGAAAAAAUGCUACCAUAUCGUCGGCCAUGUUGGAGGCAAUCAUGGCUAGAUUGUACGAGAACAACGUCAAAAAAAAAGGAGACUAA